CUAUCAAUCAUGGAAGCUACAUACCUUAGUACACUGUAAACCCUCCAACGAUCAUCGCAACGCGCCAUUGUUGGUGUUGAAAGGGGAUCCAAUGGUCUUUUGCACCAAUCGAUCCAACCAGAGAUACAAAAAUCGGUUGGCAUUCUAAGCCGCAGCAAGAAUCAUCGCUCCGUUCCAACAUGGCUGGCCUCGACGCCCUCUUCCGGCCCGUGCCGCUCUUUACGACCGCCGCGGUGCUCCGUGUGGCAAUGCUUUACUACGGACUCUGGCAGGAUGCCCACUCGGCGGUCAAGUACACCGAUAUCGACUACCUGGUCUUCACAGACGCGGCUCGCUUUACCGCACAGGGGCGCUCGCCCUAUGACCGCGAGACCUAUCGCUACACCCCUCUCCUGGCGUGGAUGCUCGUCCCCACGGCGUCGUCUCAGGCUUGGUUCGCGUUUGGGAAGUUCGUCUUCGCUGCUGCCGACUUACUGGCCGGGUAUUACAUCGUGCGCAUCCUGGAGAGACGAGGAGUGGGUCAGGCGAGAGCGUUGAAGUUCGCCAGCAUCUGGCUACUGAACCCUAUGGUCGCGACGAUCAGCACACGAGGAAGCUCCGAAGGCUUGCUUGGCGUGACGGUCAUGGCGCUCCUCUGGGCUGUGCUUGAGGGGCGAAUUUCGUUGGCCGGAUUACUCCUUGGAUUUGGGGUUCACUUCAAGAUCUAUCCCUUCAUUUACGCACCGGCCAUUGUGUGGUGGAUGGAUGAUGAGACUCUCGGCAGGAGGAGCUCUGGUAUCCAUGGGACGACUCUGGUCAAAGCUGUCGCAAAUUUCUUGAGUCCAGAGAGGAUCAAGUUGGCCGUCGUCAGCCUGGCGACCUUCAUGAGUCUGAAUAUCGUCAUGUACUCCAUAUACGGGACGCCAUUCUUGGUGCACACAUACUUCCAUCACGUCACAAGAAUUGACCACCGCCACAACUUCAGCCCGUACAACAUUCUCUUGUAUCUGACCUCGGCGUUUCCCUCGACAGCGACCAUCCGCAUCGAGUCUGUUGCGUUCCUCCCCCAGAUCCUCCUCUCGACCGUCCUCAUCCCGCUUAUCCUGGCUAAAAAAGACCUCGCAACCUCUAUGAUGGCUCAGACGUUCGCCUUUGUGACCUUUAACAAGGUCUGCACCAGCCAGUACUUCCUCUGGUACAUGGUUUUCUUGCCCAUCUACCUUCCCAACUCCUCGUUCCUCAAAAACCCCAAGCUGGGAGUUACCGCACUGGCCUUGUGGAUUGUGUCCCAGGCAGCUUGGUUGCAGCAAGGAUUCCAACUCGAGUUCUUGGGGGUUAACACUUUCUUUCCGGGCCUGUUCGUGUCAUCCGUGGGAUUUUUCCUCGUCAACUGCUGGAUUCUGGGUGUCAUAGUGAGCGACGGCGGCAAGGCAAUAACGCCAGCAAGUAGAACGGCCAAGCACUAAA